AUGACGUCAGGACCCCGAGUAGAUCCAGCAACUACAGCACCAGAAAACUACAUCAGCAUCGCAUCUCUAGAUGAAAUUAACCGAAGGACCCACAACCCUUCCAUAGAGAUCAUGCAGGAACGCAAGGAGCCGUCCAGUGUUGUAUGGCCCAAUUACUGUUUUGCCUCUGCCACGCUGACUCGGUGCAUGGGUAAUGGUGGCGGCGCUCCCCUGAACCUAGCCAUCACCCUGAACCUCCCAGUAGUUUGUGUGAUCAGUGCCUUCAGAGUCUUUUUCUUCCUGAUAGCUCAGAUUCUCAACGCAGUGGCUGGUGCUAUUGUUUAUGGUGUUAGGCCAGAAACCACAGCCUCACUUUGUGUUGACAAUGCAAUUGAAUCAGCCUGCAUCAAGGUCAGAGUUCCAGCUCAGCCGCUAGCUGGUCCUGUCUGUUGGCUUGCCAGGAUCAGCCAGACAGGAUGUGGCAUCAACCCAGCUCGCUCCUUUGGGCCUGCAGUUAUUCUGAAGUCUUUUGAUGAUGUGUACUGGGUUGGGCCGAUGAGUGCUGGUGUGGCGGCAGCACUUGUGUGUGAUUACCGACUGACUCCCAGGGAUGAACUCCUCGGUGAACAAACAAGAGUCUGGUUCUGCUGCAGUUCAGACCAAGGAACAGACGCCGAACCUCUCCUCGAGGCUGUGAGGGGCAGAGAAGGAUCAAAGUAGCUGGAACACUUAGUUUCAUCGUUCUCUCUAAUGCUCAAAUCCAUCCAAACUUUUAUUUAGCACACCUUUUUGUUUUAGAUUUGUUCUUUCUGAGUACAAACUGUCUUACAUGCACCUGAUUGUUGACAGA